AUGUUCACUUUUUUAAAGAAAGCCAAAGAAGAGCAAAAUAUGAAAAUUGUAGCUUUCUCUGGUAACAUUGAGAAGCGAGUUCAAUAUUUAUAUAAUAAAUAUCCACAACUCAAAACUUUAUUUGACAUAGAGAUUUUCAGUUUUGACUAUGGAAGAACAAAAGGAGAUGGGGGCUUUGUGCAGAUUAUGGUCGAUACAGUUCAUGAAAUCCCAUCUCAAAUCCUUUUAUUAGAAGACAUGGAAAAGGUGUGUAAUGAAGCUUUUGACAUUGGCGUCAAUGCAAUUAACUAUAACAUAACUAAUAAUGAAAGGUUUAAAGAAGACCUCAAACGGUAUCACCUUGAUGCCUUCUUUAAUUAA